AUGAGCUCUACCCCGUCCCUCCCCCCAGCAACCCCCAUUUACAUUCUCCGUGGCCAUGCCGCCGCCAUCCACGCACUGCAAAUAUUCAACCAAAAUCUCCGUCUCGUCUCCGGUGAUGCCGACGGUUGGAUAGUAGUCUGGGACCUCAUCUUCAAACGACCGGUGGCGGUCUGGAAGGCGCACGAGGGCGCGGUUCUUGAGGUUAAAGGGUUCACGCUUGGAGGUGGACGCUUGACUGAGAUUUACACACAUGGAAGAGACCAUAAACUCCGCGUAUGGAGAUUCCGGGUCCAGGAUGAGGAGAUUCUGCAGAAGACCCUGCCUGUGGAUGGAAGUGGCCGGCCAACGGCCGCAGCUCAGAGCCAGACUCAAAUUCAACCCUGGCUCGUUCAUUCUCUCCCGGUAAAUGCAUUAAACUUUUGCGCCUUCUCAAUGCUGUUUCUCGCACCGGAGGAGACAACACGACAAAGCGAGGAGGGAAAUAUUGGAAGCGAAAUUCCUCCGUCAUCCGUCCUGUUCGCUGUCCCGAACGCGCUCGACUCAGGUGCAAUCGACCUCUUCCAUCUCCCUUCUGAGCGAAGAAUCUGCACCAUUCCGACCGACCCAGCCGUGAAAACUGGGAUGGUCAUGGCUGCUCAGCUAGCUCACACCCAGGGAUCCAAGGACCUCCACGUCGCCGCUGCAUUCGAAGACGGCCAUGUAAUGGUCUUGGGCUGUCGUGGAGUCUUCAACAAUAGUAAAUCAUUAAUUGACACCAGCAGAAACUGGAAAUGGGAAAGACUCUACAUUUCGAUACCUCAUUCGCAACCUGUUCUGUCCAUAGAUCUCAGCCCCUCAAGGGAAUACUUCCUCUCCUCGUCUGCUGAUGCGGUACUGGCAAAGCAUCCUAUUCUCCAGAUUGGGCCGCCAAGCACGCGUGAGAUGCCGCUGAAAAGUGUUAAUACGAAGCAUGCGGGGCAGCAGGGGCUACGCGUCCGGCCAGAUGGGAAGAUUUUUGCGACUGCGGGAUGGGAUUCACGUGUCAGGGUUUAUUCGUGUAAGACGAUGAAGGAACUUGCGGUGUUGAAAUGGCAUAAGGAGGGGUGUUAUGCUGUUGCAUUUGCGAAUGUUCCUUCUACGCCCACAUUAGAUACGGAGACCCCAAACACCAGCACGAAAGAGCCGGAGGAGGGAGAGAAAAUCGACGACGGUGAAGCCGAUAAGGGACUUAUACAGCGCGGGGAGAAGGAAUAUUCGCUUGCUCAAGUCCAGCGCCAGCGGAGCCUGAAAGUUCAGAACACGCACUGGCUAGUCGCCGGCUCGAAAGACGGAAAGAUCUCAUUGUGGGAUAUCUAUUGA